GCCGCUGCUAAGACACGGGGUAAACACAGCCAGGGCUGCAGUGGGGAUGACUCAGGCACCGAUCCGCUUGAGCGCCUCAGAAUUAUCCUCCUGUAAUAGUCUUUGUGGGAGAAACCCCCGGCGAUGGGAGGGCAGGUGCUGUGAGCCCAGAGCCCCUUCGGGAGGGUUCAGGUGGGCACUGGCAGGUGUCUGGUUUGUGUUCUCCAGCCGUGCCACAGAGCUGCUGUUUGGAAAGGUGCUCCUGCUCCACUGAGACUGGUCCCUUCCGUGCCCUGCCAGCCCCAGUGAGCUCUUCUCUUUUGUUGUUGCUUCUGGACUCUGUCACCGCAGUUGGACCAGUGGGCCAGGACUGGUGCCCAGCCUCGCUGCUGUGUCACCAGGAGACGAGGGGACAGGCAGGACGUGCCAGGCUCCAGCACAGACAGGGCUCUGCAGCAGCAGCCUCCAGCCUGGGAUAAGGAGAGCAGCUCCCGUGGCACAGCAGCAGGACAUGGACCCCCGGACAGGACAAGAGCCCAUCAAGGUGAUCGGGGUUGUCUUGGGCAUCGGGCUGGCCCUGCUGAUCCUGGCGAGUUUUGGCUACACCUUCAUCCGCUGGUACCGGAGGAGCCACUCCCUGCGCCGGCCUGACUUUGUCUUCAACCUCUACCACUCACGCGGGCUGGGGUCGGUGGCACUGGAGCUGGUGCCACCAUUCAGCAUCAGUGGCUCGCUGGGCACCUCGGGCAGUGGCUACGAGCCCUUCCACAGCCAGGGGCCGUGAGGUGAGAGCUGGGCUGGUCAGCAGGUUUUGGUUUGUGUUUCCUUCCCUGAUGUCCCUGGGAUGGGGCAGAGGAUGGGGCUGGAGCCUGGCUGCUCUUGCAGAGCUUCCUCUUGCUGCUUCUUACUCACAGCCCAGCACCAACAAAAAAAGCAACCAAAACUGGCCAGGGGGAAUUCCUCCAUUUUCACUUCUGUAAGAAACAGCCCCUGAAUUUGUUGGAUUUCAACUGAAAUGGCAAAGGUGCAGUUUCUGCUGCUAAAAAAGCUUCACAGAAUCGUUGGGGUUGGAAGGGGCCACUGGACACCACCUGGUCCAAGGUCACCUGGAGCAGGUGACACAGGAACUCACCCAGGUGGCUUUGGAAUGUCUCCAGAGAGGGAAACUCCAGGAAUCCCCUGGGCAUCUCCUUCAGCUGCAGCUCUCUCUGCAGCCAGGGGUGCACAGCAGGUGCCUGGGCCAGCACUGGUGCAGCCCCCCCUUUGCUUGGGAUGGAGGCAGAGGAUGGAGCCUUAUCCCAGGAUUCCUCAUCACUGCUCCUGGAGAAAACAGCCACGUUCCCCAGGGCUCAGAGACCUCCCAGCCUCCUGCACAGCAGAGACCUGGCACCAGACAGGGAGCCAGCUGAGGAGGAGGCCCAGGAGCCCCAGAACUGGGUGACUGGAUUUGUGCAACUGUGGAAAACGCUGUGAGAAAUGGGAAAUCUUUCUCAGACCUCCUCCUCCUCCUCCUCCAUUCAAUAUCUGCACCCACAAGGAGGUUGGUUCUCCACACUGCCAGCAAGGAAACUCCUCAGAAAUCCCCUGUGGAGUUUCUCCUGGAAUUUUUUGUGCCAAUUGCCUUUGGUCUCAGCAGAACAAGUGGCUGUGGAAGUGCCUGGAGCACAGGAGCAGCCAUGGGGAGAUUCUGUGGCCACAGAGAGGAAUCCUGCUUGGCCAGCAGGGGUGGUGAGGCACGAGGUGCCUUGGGACCAUUUCUUUGAGAGUUUGUCUCAGAAAAAAACCAAAUUAAAACUCAUGAGAGCCACGUGCCUGUGUGUAGGGAAAGCAGUGGGGACAGAGUGGGAUUUCCAGAGUCAGAGGGACCAUCUGUGCUCUCGGCUGUCAAAGCUGAACUCUGUGGUCUGUGGCUUUCUCCUGGCUGACAGGAGACAUCUGCCUGCUCAUGGAGAGGGGGAAGUGCCACCUCCUGGGGCCUGGGAGCCCUUCGUGGUGAGCAGGACCCAGCAGAGCCCUGCAUGACACAGGAUCCGGCCGUGGCGCCUGACGUCAGCAGCACUUAAUGAAAAACAAGAAAAAAAAAAAAAAAAGCCGUGCUUUUGAUGACUCUGUUUUCCAGAGGAAGUUGAAAAAAAAUUAGAAAGCAAGCAAAAAGUUCUAACCCCCAAAAUACACAGAGGCAGAAGAGCAGGAAGAAGA